GGAGGCGCGGUCACGUUCAGAGCGGCUCCGGUGGGUUUGAGUGGCACAUAAAAGUGCGCGAGCCACCGGCCGACCGGCGGAACUCUACCUCUCCUCUAUGAGACCGGAUCGGAGCUGACUGACACCGGGGAUCGGAACCAGAGCCGGUGACUCAUCUGAACAAACCAGCUACAGUUUGAAGGCAACUGGUUGGAUCUGGACAUCCACUGUAGACAUCAGGGAAAAUCCAAGAAGGUCACCCUCCACCUCACCGCGGCCCAUUGCGUGGGAUGCUGGAGAGCAGAAGAGCGGGGGUGGAGAUUUGAUGCCACUUGGCAAUAUUAAAAGUUGUGGCGUAGUAAAGCAUGGGGGAUUCAAUCUUCAACUGCUGUUAUGUCCCACCCCAUCCCCCAGGCGAGGAGGAACCCCAGAGACCCAGGCGCUCAGAGAUCAUGGCCUCCCACCCAGCUCACAUCUCCCCUGACAAGCGCUUCCUGAUCUUCUUUGACUUCGACGAGACCAUCGUGGAUGAAACCAGCGAUGACAUGGUAGUGCAGGCUGCCCCGGGUCAGCACCUCCCCGGGUGGCUGACGGACACUUAUCAGCCUGGCCGCUACAACGAAUACAUGCAGCGGGUGCUGGCCUACCUGGCGGAGCAGGGGAUCACCGAGAGCGACAUACGCAGCGUCAUGGAGAAGAUACCGGCCACACCCGGCAUGCUCACCCUCUUCCAGUUCCUCCGCAACCGGCCCGCGAAGGACUUUGAGGUGAUACUGGUGUCCGACGCCAACACCUACUUCAUAGAGUGCUGGCUCCGGCGCGUCGGGGCCCGCCAGCUGUUCCACCGGAUCUUUUCCAACCCCGCGACCUUCAACAAGGACGGGCGGCUGGUGCUGCGGCCCUUCCACUCUCACGACUGCCCCCGGUGCCCAGACAACAUGUGCAAGCAGGUGAUCGUCAGGGACUACGUGGCCCGCAGGACGCAGGAGCGGGGGCGCCCGUACCAGAGGAUCUUCUACGUCGGGGACGGAGCUAAUGACUUCUGCCCCGCGCUCUCCCUCGGUCCCCGCGACGUGGCCUUCCCGCGGAGGGACUUCCCCAUGCACCGGCUGAUCACCGAGACCCACGAAGCCCAGCCAGGGGAGUUCAAGGCUGUCACGGUGCCUUGGGUGAGCGCGGAGGAUGUGGUGCAGCGGCUCCGGAAACUGGUGGCAGAUUAAAGGGUCACACACUUAGAGAGAGUGUAACACAGAGGGGGGUAAUCAAGGGGCCAGCUGACACUUUAAGUCAUAUUCUCAGGUAAAAUAUUCACAGAAAUUGUUAUGCAAGGCAAUAAGAUAAUUUGUACCAUCUGCGAGGGUCAUUGUGUCUAUCUGGCAACCAACACGUGCCUCAGUCCAGAAUCUCACGUUUUUGUUCCCGAGGUCAGUCCUGAAAUAGAAACCCAGUUUAAUCAUUAGACAUCAAGACCUCAGCUGUUACCCAAAGUGGGGAAUCAAAUGUAAUGAUAUAAGCAUAUUAAAGCAUAUUUCAGUAUAACUAUAAAGUUUGAGAGCAUCCGAUUAAUAAAUAUUCUUCAGUGUGGACCAUGGAGUGAUCGUAAAUGUUAAAGUGGGUCAGUGGGGUGAGGAAUCAGUGCAGCAGUCAAUAAAAAUCUUAUAAAUAACAUGACAAGUAUAUCAACCAACUGACUUGAGUGCUCCUGAAUAGCAGUUAUAACUGUUUUAUUACAACCUGCACAUUUUUGAAUAUGCAACAUUAAAUUCAUUAAAUAAAAUUCAGACUUGCACUGCCAUGUGAUGGCAAAGGGCAUUGAAACUGACCAAACAGUAUUUUUUACGCUCCCCAGACACUAACUUCUGUCUAAUUGAGAACUGUAUGAAUGACCGUGUAUCAAGAGUGUGUGUUCAUGUUUAUCGGUCUGUCUUUAUUGUGUAGGCUUCGCCUACUGAAACUAUCAACACCAGCAGGAAUAAAGCCAUCGACUGAAA